UCAAGGCUACAACUCACCUAGGAUCUGGGGCGCCAGCCCUCCGGUGGGCAGGGCGUUCUCCUCCCCCACCCCCUCCCCGCACGAUGACAUCAAGUGUUUGGGGUUGAGUUGCUCCAUAAAAGCUGCCCGGGGAAACCAGGAGAGCGAAGGGCGGACGUACUCGCCACGGCACCCGGGCUGCGCGCACUCGGUCCCGGUGUGCAGCUGGAGCGUGAGCGGCCACCGGGAGCCCCCGGGACAGCCCGCGCCCGCCCCGCAGGAGCCGGCGAAGAUGCCCCGGCGCAGCCUGCACGCGGCGGCCGUGAUCCUGCUGGUGAUCUUAAAGGAACAGCCUUCCAGCCCGGCCCCAGCGAACGGUUCCAAGUGGACUUAUUUUGGUCCUGAUGGGGAGAAUAGCUGGUCCAAGAAGUACCCGUCAUGUGGGGGCCUGCUGCAGUCCCCCAUAGACCUGCACAGCGACAUCCUCCAGUAUGAUGCCAGCCUCACGCCCCUCGAGUUCCAAGGCUAUAAUCUGUCUGCCAACAAGCAGUUUCUCCUGACCAACAAUGGCCAUUCAGUGAAGCUGAACCUGCCCUCGGACAUGCACAUCCAGGGCCUCCAGUCUCGCUACAGUGCCACGCAGCUGCACCUGCACUGGGGGAACCCGAAUGACCCGCAUGGCUCCGAGCACACCAUCAGUGGACAGCACUUCGCCGCCGAGCUGCACAUUGUCCAUUAUAACUCAGACCUUUAUCCUGACGCCAGCACUGCCAGCAACAAGUCAGAAGGCCUUGCUGUCCUGGCUGUUCUCAUUGAGAUGGGCUCCUUCAAUCCGUCCUAUGACAAGAUCUUCAGUCACCUUCAACAUGUAAAGUACAAAGGCCAGGAAGCAUUCAUCCUGGGAUUCAACAUUGAAGAGCUGCUUCCGGAGAGGACCGCCGAAUAUUACCGCUACCGGGGGUCCCUGACCACACCCCCUUGCAACCCCACUGUGCUCUGGACAGUUUUCCGAAACCCUGUGCAAAUUUCCCAGGAGCAGCUGCUGGCUUUGGAGACAGCCCUGUACUGCACACACAUGGAUGACCCUUCCCCCAGAGAAAUGAUCAACAACUUCCGUCAGGUCCAGAAGUUCGAUGAGAGGCUGGUAUACACCUCCUUCUCCCAAGGCAUCAUCCUCUCACUGGCCCUGGCUGGCGUUCUUGGCAUCUGUAUUGUGGUGGCGGGGUCCAUUUGGCUUUUCAGAAGGAAGAGUGUCAAAAAAGGUGAUGACAAGGGAGUCAUUUACAAGCCAGCCACCAAGAUGGAGACUGAGGCCCAUGCUUGAGGUCCCCGGAGCUCCCGGGCACAUCCAGGAAGGACCUUGCUUUGGACCCUACACACUUCGGCUCUCUGGACAGUUGCGACACCUCAAGGUGUUCUCUGUAGCUCAAUCUGCAAACAUGCCAGGCCUCAGGGAUCCUCUGCUAGGUGCCUCCUUGUCUUGAGACCAUGGCCACCCCAGAGCCAUCCGAUCCAUGGAUGGGAUGCACUCUCAGACCAAGCAGCAGGAACUCUAAGCUGCUUGCUGUAUCUGUGUGAGAUUGUGAAGUGGUCUGAAUUCUGGGAUCAGAAACCAAGCCAUGCUGGUGGGCCAUUAAUGGUUGGAAAACACUUUCAUCCAGGGCUUUGCCAGAGCAUGCUUUCAACUGUCCUGGAAAUUCUGCUGCUUCUCCAAGCUUUCAGACAAGAAUGUGCACUCUCUGCUUAGGUUUUGCUUGGGAAACUCAACUUCUUUCCUCUGGAGACGGGGCAUCUCCCUCUGAUUUCCUUCUGCUAUGACAAAACCUUUAAUCUGCACCUUACAACUUGGGGACAAAUGGGGACAGGAAGGAUCAAGUUGUAGAGAGAAAAAGAAAAGAGAUAUACAUUGUGAUAUAUAGGGACACUUUCACAGUCCUGUCCUUUGGAUCACAGACACUGCACAGACCUUAGGGAAUGGCAGGUUCAAGUUCCACUUCUUGGUGGGGAUGAGAAGGGAGAGAGAGCUAGAGGGACAGAGAGAAUGAGAAGACAUGGAUGAUCUGGGAGAGUCUCACUUUGGAAUCAGAAUUAGAAUCACAUUCUGUUUAUCAAGCCAUAACGUAAGGACAGAACAAUACAAUAUUAAGUCCAAAUCCAAACUCCUGUCAGUGGAGCAGUUAUGUUUUAUACUCCACAGAUUUUUACAAAUGAGGCUGUUCCUUGAAAAUGUGUUGUUGCUGUGUCCUGGAGGAGGUGUGAGUUCUGAGAUGACCCAAUCUACCUUUGAAUCUGGAGGAAAUAGGCAGAAACAAAAUGACUGUAGAACUUCAUCUCUUUCGGCCAAAUUUCAUUUCAGCCACUUCUGCAGGAUCCCUACUGCCAACCUGGAAUGGGGACUUACCUACUUCUCUCUCUCUCUGAGGAUGUCAAAUUGUGGUUUAGAUCAAAUAUAUUUCAAGCUAUAAAAGCAGGAGGUUAUCUGUGCAGGGGCUGGCAUCAUGUAUUUUAGGGCCAGUAAUAAUGGAACGCUGCUAAGAUACUCCAUAUUCUUCCCUGAGUCACACAGUUUCUGACAGGCGCAACUCCUCCAUUUUCCUCCCGCAGGUUGAGAACCCCGUGGAGAUGAGUCAGUGCCAUGAAUGAGAAGGAACCGACCCCUAGUUGAGAGCACCUUGCAGUUCCCCGAGAACUUUCUGAUUCACAAUCUCAUUUUGACAGCAUGAAAUGUCCUCUUGAAGCAUAGCUUUUAAAUAUCUUUUUCCUUUUACUCCUCCCUCUGACUCUAAGAAUUCUCUCUUCUGGAAUCACUUGAACCCAGGAGGCAGAGGUUGCAGUGAGCCAAGGUCACGCCACUGCACUCCAGCCUGGGUGACAGAGCGAGACUCCAUCUCAAAAAAAAAAAAAAAAAAAAAAAUUCUUCUGUACCAUCACAACUUUUCACAAUGAUGGCAAGCCUUAUGUCUUGGGAGCCUGUUUUGCUAGGCAAAGUUGCAAGUGACCUAAUGGGGGCUCAGAUGUGUGUGUGUCUCUCUGUGUGUUUGUGUGUGUGUGUGCACUCAAGACCUCUAACAGCCUCGAAGCCUGGGGUGGCAUCCCGGCCUUGCCAUUAGCAUGACUCAUGCAUCAUCAGAUGACAAGGACAACCCUCAUGACGAAGCAACAUGAAUUAGGGGGCCUCUUGGCCUUGGUCCAAAAUUGUCAAUCAGAAAUGAACAUAAAGGGCUUCAGAGCAGUGGGACAGUCUGUCAAAAGACUAUAUCUUUUGUGGAUGAGUUUUGUGAGAGAACAGAGAGACCAUUGUACCUGGCACAAGGGCUG